AUGACUCCCUAUCAAGCGCUCACUGGCAACAAGCCAAGAUGUGGUCUUAAGUCAAAUUUACCAGAUGCAUUCAUCACCAAAAUAUCGUCUGCUAUUGAAGAAGAACUUGAAAGACUUAUAGAAGUUCCACUUACCGGAGAUUCAGCUCGGGAUGACCUAAUAUCAGUAGACCCUGAAUGUGAACGUGAACCACAUCCAGUUGCAGACUCUCAGCAGCAACCUGCUAUGGAACAAGAAAAUAUCUCAACCGAAGUACUGCAUCCAGCAAAACAGGCAAGAAAGGAAGCUGAGUAUGGUCUUCAAAAGCAAGCUCAACGAAUGUUAGCACGCAGCACUAGAUCAAUGCGAGCAGUUGAUGUCGGAGACAAUGUGUCUAUACCGGUGUCUCAAUUUAACCGUAGUAAAGGAGACCCCCCUAACAUAGUAGGUGUUGUAUUAGCAGUUGAAGACAGUGGUUAUGUGAUUGGCACAACAAGUGGAAUUAUCAAUGGUAAACUUGCCAGAAAUCAAUUCGAAUUUGUUCAGUACAAAGGACUUUUGCCUGAAAAUAUCCCCAAACAACAGUUAAGUAUUCGCGAACUAGUUCGAGCAGGAAGUGUGUGUGGUGGCCAAGGAUACCACAGAUGUCUUUGCAGGAGCAAUUACUUGUCAAAGCGGUGUUCUUGUUUGAAAGCUAGCCUUCGAUGCACAGUGCUUGCCACAGCCACAAAUCAUGUGACAAUAUUGACAAAUAAUUACUGUAAAUUUGUUUGA